AUGGGAAAUAUAUUUGUGAAGAAACCGAAGAUCACAGAAGUAGAUAAAGCAAUUCUGUCUUUGAAGACACAAAGGCGUAAACUUGCACAGUAUCAGCAACAGUGUUGUGAAUGUCGGUUUCCACGUCGCCAAUGGCGAGAGGCGAGGCGAGGUGAGCCUAUGUCACCAUCUGCCUUUGUGGCGAUGCCACCUUCGAAAGCUGAAAAGCAAGCUGCAAAGGACUUGCUACGUGAAAAGAAGAAAGAUAGAGCCCUUUUAGGAUUAAAAAGGAAAAAAGUGCAAGAAGAAUUAUUAAAGCAAGUUGAUGUCUGGCUCAUAAAUGUUGAGCAGCAAUUGGCAAAUAUAGAUCUAACAAGCAAGCAAAAGGCUGUGUUCGAGAGUUUGAAGUCUGGAAAUAAUGCAAUUAAAGCAAUACAAAGUGAGAUCAACCUAGAGGAUGUUCAAAAGUUAAUGGAUGAUACAGCAGAGGCAAAAGCUUAUCAAGACAUAAGCUCUUUCACAAUAUAUGGUUCUUUUUAG